ACGAUUCCGCCACACAAACACCGGCCAUUGCCAGCGCCACCAACAGCGGUGUUGCAAGUUCGCUUAUGAGAGGAGGACAAGUCGUAGUCGUCGUCGGACUCAACGUCCCAAUCAAAACUCCUAGUAUCAUCUUCCUUCUCCUACUACUGCUGGCCACUGGCAAUGGAGGAGGACACGCCGCCAGUGCCAGUGGCGACUUCACCGGAGAUUACUCGAAGCUGUCGGGGAUAAUCAUCCCGGGUUUCGCCUCCACGCAGCUCAGAGCUUGGUCAAUACUCGACUGCCCUUACUCUCCUCUCGAUUUCAAUCCCCUCGAUUUGGUUUGGCUCGACACAACCAAACUUCUUUCUACUGUUAAUUGCUGGCUCAAGUGCAUGUCGCUUGAUCCUUACAACCAGACAGAUCAUCCCGAAUGCAAGUCCCGUCCUGACAGUGGUCUCUCUGCCAUCACUGAGCUGGAUCCCGGUUACAUUACUGGUCCUCUCUCAUCUGUGUGGAAAGAAUGGGUUAAGUGGUGCAUUGAGUUCGGUAUUGAGGCUAAUGCUAUCAUUGCUGUUCCUUAUGACUGGAGGCUGUCACCAUCAAAGCUGGAGGAGAGGGAUCUUUACUUUCACAAGCUCAAGCUGACUUUUGAAACUGCUCUCAAGCUUCGAGGUGGACCCUCAGUAGUUUUUGCUCAUUCGUUGGGAAACAAUGUAUUCAGAUAUUUCUUGGAAUGGCUGAAAUUAGAAAUUGCACCUAAACAGUAUAUCCAGUGGCUAGAUGAUCAUAUCCAUGCCUAUUUUGCUGUUGGAGCUCCUCUUCUUGGUGCAAUCGAGACAGUCAAAGCAACUUUGUCUGGACUUACAUUUGGUCUUCCUAUAUCUGAGGGUACAGCUCGAUUGAUGUUCAAUUCUUUUGGCUCUUCGUUAUGGAUGAUGCCAUUUUCCAAAUAUUGUAGAACAGAUAAUGCGUACUGGAAGCAUUUCUCCAUUGGAAGCAAAAAAGGUCAUCUUGCCUACCAUUGUGAUGAACACGAGUUCCAGACAAACUUCUCUGGAUGGCCAACAAAUAUAGUUAACAUUGAGAUUCCUUCAGUUCGAGGGGAUGAUGCUUAUCCAUCUAUUGUGGAUAUUGCACAGGCCAACUCAUCUGGCAUGGAAUGUGGAUUUCCUACUCAGUUAUCCUUUUCUGCUCGUGAAAUUUCAGAAGGGACUUUUUUCAAAGCAAUAGAAGAUUAUGAUCCUGAUAGCCAGAGGCUGCUGUAUCAAAUGCAGAAGUCAUACCAUGGCGAUCCAGUUCUAAAUCCCCUAACACCUUGGGAAAGACCUCCUCUGAAGAAUAUAUUUUGUAUUUAUGGAAUCGAUAUGAAAACAGAGGUUGGUUACUACUUCGCACCUAGUGGGAAGCCGUAUCCUGACAAUUGGAUCAUAACCGAUGUGAUAUAUGAAAUUGAAGGAUCUUUGUACUCCAGAUCAGGGAAUCUGGUUGAAGGAAAUCCAGGUGCAGCUAGUGGAGAUGAGACGGUACCAUAUCACUCCCUUUCUUGGUGCAAGAAUUGGUUGGGACCAAAAGUGAACAUAACAAGGGCUCCUCAGUCAGAGCAUGAUGGCUCAGAUGUACAAAUUGAAUUACAUGUAGAACAUCACCACGAAGCAGAUAUCCUACCCAACAUGACACGGUCACCUCGGGAGAAGUACAUAACCUAUUAUGAAGAUUCUGAAAGCAUUCCAGGGAAGAGGACAGCUGUCUGGGAGCUUGAUAAAGCAAAUCACAGGAAUAUUGUCAGGUCACCGGUUUUGAUGCGGGAACUAUGGCUGGAGAUGUGGCAUGACAUUCAUCCUGAUAAAAAAUCAAAUUUUGUUACUAAAGGUAAGCGGGGACCUCUAAGGGACGAAGACUGCUACUGGGAUUAUGGAAAAGCUCGGUGUGCAUGGCCUGAGCAUUGCGAAUACAGAUAUGUAUUUGGGGAUGUUCAUCUUGGACAGAGCUGCAGAUUGAGGAAUAGUUCAGCUGAUCUGCUCUUGCAUUAUGUAUAAUUUAUGAGGUAAAGUGGAGAAUUUUGUUUCUUUGUCUGGAGGUUGAGUAGGAGCUCAAAGGACAGGAAGUAAAACAAUUCAGGGUGAUUGUUGGGAGAAGUGUUUUGAGGGGGAAAAAAGAAAGGGGGGGGGGGAGGGAAGGGGCUAAGAUCCUCAUUGACAGCACUAAUUCGUACGGAAGAUACCGACUUGGAUCCCGAAAAUUCACAUAUCGGGAAUUUGAGGAAUCAAAGAAGCAGCAGCAGGAGUAGGUCAAUGGCACUAUCUCGUGAUGCUUUGCCCGAAGCUCUUUUUCCAACCAAAAUGGAAUAUGAGACCCCAUUCCCCUGAGCUCGAAUAUAUAUGUCCCUGCACAUCUAUUUACCAUUGGAAGAAAACCAAUCCUCAUUGAUACUUUAGGCGAUAAAAAUGUAAUAUUUGCACUGAAGUUGAUUGUACUGAUCUUUGUUUGAUAUGCCUCUGCAGUAAUCGGGAUCAGUUUCAUUAUGCCAGAUUGAUGAGAUGAUCUCGUUCCUGUACAUUUUCCUCAUCCUUUGUAGUAGUAAUCAAGAGGCACUUUUAUAUCAA